AUGCGGCUGUCUACCUCGGCCCUCGUGCUCGGAGCCGCAUCGUCCGCCGUCGGCCUUGGGGACCAAAAGGUUCUUAGCAACCCGUCCAAGGCUGCCCUCGGCCUGGAUCUCGCCGAUGUUGGCAGCCUCGAUUUCGAUUCCUGGUCAGAGUCCCUGAAGAAGGCCUUUGGCGAGGCUUCCUCCGAGGCCAAGGCCAUCUGGGAUGAAGUCGCCAUGCUCGCCCCCGACGCUGUCGACGCCUUCAAGAAGCACGUCAUCAGCGCCAAGCCCAAAAAGAACUCUCGCAUUCCCGACAAGAAAUGGGACCAUGUCGUCAAAGGCGCCCAUGUACAGUCUAUAUGGGUCGACAACGAAGAGGGCGAGUCCCAUCGCAAGGUCGGCGGCAAGCUGGACAACUACAGUCUUCGCGCCAAGAAGGUCGACCCGGCCAAGCUACGUGUCGACAAGGUCAAGCAAUACAGCGGCUACCUCGACGAUGAGGAGAAUGACAAGCAUCUGUUUUACUGGUUCUUUGAAUCACGAAAUGACCCCAAGAAUGACCCUGUAGUCUUGUGGCUCAACGGUGGACCGGGCUGCUCAUCGCUCACUGGUCUCUUCAUGGAACUCGGCCCAGCUUCCAUCAACAAAAAGAUUGAGCUUGUCCACAACCCCUACUCGUGGAAUGCCAACGCAUCCGUCAUCUUCCUCGACCAGCCCGUCAACGUGGGUUACUCGUACAGCAGCGGAACGGUGAGCAACACUGUUGCUGCUGGCAAGGAUAUCUAUGCUCUCUUGACCCUCUUCUUCCACCAGUUCCCCGAGUACGCCAAGCAGGACUUCCACAUUGCCGGCGAGUCCUACGCUGGACACUACAUUCCCGUCUUCACGUCGGAAAUCCUGUCGCACAAGGAUCGCAACAUCAACCUCAAGAGCGUGCUUAUCGGAAACGGUUUGACCGACCCCUAUACCCAGUACGAACACUACCGCCCCAUGGCCUGCGGUGAUGGUGGCUACCCUGCUGUUCUCGGAGAGAGCGAGUGCCGCGGCCUGGACAACUCUCUGGCGCGAUGUCAGUCUUUGAUCAGCUCUUGCUACAACUCGGAGAGCGUCUGGACGUGCGUUCCUGCCAGCAUCUACUGCAACAAUGCCAUUAUCGGCCCUUACCAGCGAACUGGCCGCAACCCCUACGACGUUCGCCGUGACUGCACGGGCGGAAACCUUUGCUACGACGAGCUCGGCUACAUUACCGAAUGGCUGAACCGACCCGAGGUUCUCGAGGCCCUCGGGGUCGAGGUGGACAGCUACGACAGCUGCAACUUUGACAUCAAUCGCAACUUCCUCCUGCAGGGCGACUGGAUGAAGCCCUACCACAACCUGAUUCCCAAGAUACUCGACGAGAUUCCGGUUUUGAUCUACGCCGGAGACGCCGACUUUAUCUGCAACUGGCUUGGCAACCGGGCUUGGACCGACAAGCUUGAGUGGUCUGGUCAUGAAGGCUUCUCCAAGGCCAAGAGCGAGCGUGUCAAGGAUUAUGGAAAGAUGAAGUCGCACGGCAACCUGUCGUUCCUUCAGAUCUACAGGGCUGGCCAUAUGACGCCCUUUGACCAGCCCGAGGCUUCCCUCGAUUUCCUCAACCGCUGGCUUUCCGGCAGCCUCAAGGCAUAA